UCAGAAAUCGAAUUUUUUCACCGGAAGUAGCAGUUGAUUCAAUGCCAAGUGAAAAUUUUUCGGUGGGUGUAAGUGGUUCGCAGGAGCCUUUCUUCUAAGAAAAUUGUGAAAUUUUCCCAACAAUUUCCACCAAAUCCCUUGGCAAACUUUGCAAAGAGACACGCUUCGAUGUCUCGGCAGUCUAGAUAAUGCUUAAACUACCCAAAGGAUUAAAGAAGAAAAAGAAAGGGAAAAAAUCCAAAAAAGAUCAAGAACUCUUCACCGAAGAGGAACUAGAGCAGUAUCGCCGGGAGCAUCAGGCUCAAGCAUCCUCCGCACUAAACUCGGCUGCACCAUCCGAUAGUGAAGAUCAACCGGGUGAAAAAUCGGGUGAAAACGACGAGGAAUGGUCUAAGUUUGCAGCGCUCACCACUGGCAUCGAUACCGUACUCAAGAAAACCCAGGAGGAUCUAGAUCGUAUCAAGGAGGUUUCCUUCUUCCAGAAAGUUCCCACCAAGGUACAACUAGAAGCCCAGGAACGGGAGGAACAGCUUCGUCGGGAACAGGAAGAACAGGAAAAGGCUCGAGAGGCCGCCAAAGAGGCCGAAGAGAAGAGGGCUGCGGAAGAGCUCAUCAACGCCGUUGUUGAGCUUUCCGAUUCCGAGCCCAACUCCGAAGUCGAGGAGGAUAUCUUCGACACCAACUACAUCGAUGCUAUAGCCUCGGGUGAACUGCCGAUCGCGUAUGUGCCGGAAUCUCCAGUGCUAGAGUCAUUCGAGGGACCAGAUCCAUUCGAUACUUCCUACGCCGAGAAGGUUAUCAAAGGACCGGAGGUUUCGAAGCGUGGAAAGAAAAUCGUUAAUAUCGGUGCUGCCGUUGAAGUACUAACCGGACGCGUUGAAACGGUUUCCACCGCCAAGUCGUCGGCUGGACCACGACGAGGACCACAAAAUUUGCUGUUGGAAAGUUUCGACGACGCACAAGCAGACGGAGAAGAAGCCAAACCAACUACCGAAAGUUCGGCACCACAGGAAACCGUACUAACUCUUCUCGACGAUACCGACGAGCUUACGAGCGAUGCACCGAUAGAUUUAAGUGUUUCGCUUCAUAUUGCACUACAGAAGGAACAGGAAGCCAAAAAGGAACAGGAACCGGAGCCGAACGAACCGGAGUUUGAUCUUGACGAAUUUGACGAUCUUAAAAAACGUGAACCAGCGGUUGAAGGGGACAAUUUUGCAUUACUUGUAGGCGAGGCCAGUUUAGACGGUACUAAGAAACCAGGACGUCCACCACCGCCACGUCCAUCCACUGGCCCACGAAUUCCAAACGCACCGGCCGGGCUUGAAAACGACGACGCCGACGACAAAGACGAUUUUGCAGCGGACGAUCCAUUUGAUACCGGAUUCGUGGAACGCGUUCUUCCAGCUACUGCCAAAGAAGACGACGACUUUGAUCCUCGUGCGGACGAAGGUCCCGAGGUAGAGGACGACUUUGAUUUCGAUCCUCGCGCGGGAGACGAUCGAACGACUGAACCGAUUUGUGUGAAAACUCCUGAUCUCUUCUCAGCAGAAGAAAACUCCCAGCUACAAGUUUCGGGUGGACUAACCAAAGAUCUACUGUCCGGAAGCAAUACCGAUCUUACCAAUAUCGCGCAAACUCCCCUGGAAGUACUAGCGACUGACGGAAAUUCUGCGUUCGACGUCGAUCCAUUCGACACCUCGGCCGUGAACUCGAUUGUUGCUCCCGGAAAAACCGAGCUCAAAUUCUUGGAGGAAGAGCUACUGGCUGGCGAACCGGUUGGUAUCCAUCAUUCUCUCAGUGAUCCCGAUUUUGAUCCUCGCGGCGGCGACAGCGAACCGGACAAGGAAGCAGACGACAGUGCCUCGAUUGCUCAACGUAAAUCUUCGUUGUGUCUUCAAAUCAACGGAUCGACUAAGAACAAGACUGUGCUUUUUGUGGUUCCGGACUCAGAUUUGCUGAAAAUCGAAGGUGAUCAUUCCGUGACAAAGAAACCACUUACUCCCUACUAUAACCGAGAAUCUUCUAUACCGGAGUCGGAAGAUAUCGAUCCGUUUGAUACUUCGUUCGUGCCAAGCACUGCACCGACCCAGGUUGAAAUAAACCUCAUCGAGCAGGAGUUGAACAACGCUACUCUAAAGCAUAGCUUAUCCGAUCCGGAUUUUGAUCCGAGAGCUUGUACGCCCAUACAAAAACCAUCAGCGACUCAACAACCCCGGGCGGAUCUGCUUGACACUCACGAGCACUACAAUCAAAAGGUACUGACGCCGGCAACCGAAUCGAAACCCGAGGAAAUCGAUCCAUUCGACACCUCGAUCGCUGUGAACAUCCAACCGGGUCGCACUGAGCUAAAACUUCUCGAGGACGAACUCAUUCCGGCUGCGGCGGUCAACGAGAAUCCCAACACCGAUUUUCUCUCCGAUUCACAGGAAACUGGUGCCAUCUUUGUGAAAGUUUUGACACCACAAGCGAGCAACUCCAUUGACGAGACUGACAUCGAUCCAUUUGACACUUCGUUUGCCAACGACUUGGGACCAGGCAAGACUGAAAUCAAACUACUAGAGAACGAACUAAUCCACAACUAA